AUGGGUGUUGUUUCCUAUGAAAUGUUGGUGAAUUCCUCCGUCCCUCCUGCUAAGCUGUACAAGGCCUCUGUCCUUGAUGCUGACGUUCUCUUACCAAAGCUUGUGCCACAGGCCAUUAAGAGUAUUGAAAUCCUUGAAGGAGAUGGAGCGCCUGGAACCAUAACAAAAGUUACUCUUGGGGAAGGCAGUCAAUUCAAGUAUAUGAAGCACAAAGUUGAUGCGAUCGACAAAGAGAACUUCACAUUCAGCCACACUGUGUUUGAAGGCGAUAUGUUGAUGAACGUGAUUGAAAAAAUCACUUACGAUAUCAAGUUCGAGCAAUCCCCUGAUGGAGGAUCCAUCUGCAAGGAGGGUUGCAAGUACUAUACCAUUGGUGAUUAUGAGCUUAACAUAGAACAACUUAAGGCUGCCAAAGAGAGACGCUUGGGAUUGUUCAAGGCUAUUGAAGCCUACAUCUUGGCAAAUCCUGACACUUUCUAAAGGU